GCCGAAAAUUAAAAAGGGAAACGUAAAAAUUCCGGCAGUCUGCUUUUUGCUUUUGUUUUUGUAUUUUGUUUUCGUGUAUUUGGUUUCUCAUUCUUGCGGAGGCUCUUAAAAUGGCCUGCCGGUUGCCAUGUUCAAACCUCUCCCAACUCAACACCACUGCAACUGUGCUCUCAAAACCCUCCACGCCCCCUCAAUGAGUAGCAGCUCUGGUAGUGGCCAUGGCGAAAAAGCCACCUCCUCUACCCCUGCGACACGCCUUCUGGUUCGGCUGGAAGCUCGUUAUCGCCCUUUCGGUUUUUCUCUGCGUUUUGGCUUUUCUCCGAUUGCGCUCUCAGUCCGAACCCUCCCUUACCCUCGCUCGCAGAUCUCGCUUCUUUCGCCCAAGGAGCUUCGAAGGCCCUCCCAAGAUUGCCUUUCUCUUCCUCGCGCGCCAGAACCUCCCUCUUGAUUUCAUCUGGGGCACCUUCUUCCAGAAUGCUGAUGCCGCAAACUUCUCUCUGUAUAUUCAUUCGGUGCCUGGUUUCGUGUUCAACAAGUCGACGUCGAGGUCGCAUUUCUUUUAUGGUCGCCAGUUGAGCAAUAGCAUAAAGGUGGAAUGGGGAGAAUCAAGCAUGAUUGAAGCAGAGAGAUUGUUGUUUGAAGCAGCUCUAGAUGAUCCAGCGAACCAGAGGUUUGUUCUCCUGUCUGACAGUUGUGUUCCUCUGUACACCUUUAGCUAUGUAUACAACCAUCUGAUGGCUUCUCCACGUAGUUUUGUGGACAGCUUUAUUGAUGUGAACGGCGACCGCUACAACCCAAAAAUGUCACCUAUUAUACCAAAGGGAAAAUGGCGGAAAGGAUCACAGAAGCUUGGGUAUGUGAACCAGGUCAAGGAAAGAACAUGUUUUGUUACUUGGGUGCCUGUUGAGGACAUUCCUUGUUUGUGUAAUCAAAUCAACCACAAUCUUCAUCAAUUUCGAAGUGAUGCAGAAGUUGUUGUAGAUGAUGGGAUUAUUUUUCCAGUCUUCCAGAAGUUUUGCAAGCGACGGCCACCAAUAGAUCAUAGUAAGGGAAUUCUGAAUAUUGAACUUCAAAAGCAGCACAACUGCAUCCCAGAUGAACACUAUGUGCAGACAUUACUUUCGAUGAGUGGGCUUGAAGGUGAACUUGAACGAAGAACGUUGACCUAUACAGUGUGGAAUGAGUCUGCCCCAAACAUGGAAGGGAAGGGUUGGCAUCCUGUUACAUUUAACUAUGCUAAUGCGAACCCUAAACAAAUCAAAGAAAUAAAGGAUAUCAACCAUGUAUACUAUAAGAAUGAGUUCCGGACAGAAUGGUGUCGUGCAGGUUCUGCAUCUGUUCCCUGUUUCUUAUUUGCAAGGAAGUUCUCAAAGGGGGCUGCCAUGCGCCUCUUGAGCCAAGGAGUGGCUGGUCCAUUUAAUGCCUCUGCGUUGUUAGAUGCUCCCUUGUGAUAUCCUGCAACUCACGUUAACCAUCAGGUCUAACCGUCAGUUAGCCAACUCUUUGAUAUGAUUUAGGCAGCAAAUAGAACGCAUACAUGACAGAUUUUGAUUUCGCCGCCAAAUAUCCGCAACAUUGUGUGUUCUACUUGGAUAGAAGGAUAAGUAAAGGAUCAGAGAUAUUGUAAAAUGUUGAAUUCCAUCUAUUUAUAUAGCCCUCCUAAAUUUAUAAAGCAUUCUUGAUUUGAUUCUGUCA